CCACAAAUACACACAACUUUUGUCAAUUACACUUUAAUAAAGCUGGGGGAAGCAACUCUUUUUUCGGCAUAGCAUCCGGCUUUUAUUUACAAACGUUGAGAACUUAGCACCUUGAUCAAUUAAAUGGUAGGGAGCGCUGUGGAGAGAGGAUCCUCCCCAGUCCGGGAAGAGAGACAGGGAAAGUAGGCCUAGGAUACCCGGGGCCCGGCUGCCCUCGCUCCCAGGCCCUGCAGUCUCAUUUGCCGCUUCCGACGCGUGACCCCGGCGCACUCGCGUCCGGGACGGGUGACAGGCGCGGGGUGCGCCAAGCGGUUCCAUGUGUCCCCUCCCUCUCGCGGCCGCCGCAGUCGCCGCGCCCCGAGCCCCGCUCCGGCUCCUCUGCAGAGGGCUCGUCGCCGCCAUGUCUACCGCCCAGCCACUCAUAUCCGUGGACUACGAGGUGUUCGGGAGAGUGCAGGGUGUUUGCUUCAGAAUGUAUACCGAAGAUGAAGCUAAGAAGAUAGGGGUGGUUGGCUGGGUGAAGAAUACCAGCAAAGGCACUGUGACAGGCCAAGUGCAGGGGCCGGAAGACAAAGUCAAUUCCAUGGUAUCUUCUCUUGUGCAGUGUCCGAGGCUUCUAUUUCUCUACUGGACGGGCGUUCUAUGUCUUUCAUACGGAUGUGUAGGAAGCCUUUUUACAUGGAAGUCCUGGCUGAGCAAGGUUGGAAGCCCUAGUUCUCGCAUUGACCGCACGAAUUUUUCUAAUGAAAAAACCAUCUCUAAACUUGAAUACUCUAAUUUUAGUAUCAGAUACUAAUAGAAGAGAAAAAUCAUAAAGCUUACACUCCACAACAGAUACUGUAUGUUCUUAAGACUAUGUAUAUUAGAAUAAUGGUAGCAGAGUAGUAUAAAAAAGAAACUUUGUUCUGAAAACUAGCUGAUUGUAUGUAUUACUAAAAAUGUCUGACACUGAAGUAAUUUUACUAAACUGUGUUUUCAACAAGCAAAAAUAUAGAAUUCUAAGAUCAAAAUGUCAUUACAAGGUAUUUAGUAUGAACAUUUAAACUUGUCUCAUGGAAUCUUUAAUUUCAAUGAAUAUUACAGCAUAUAUGUUAUUUAGUGAGACAUAACACAAUAAAGUUAACCAUUUAAAAAUUA